AUUCAGUAGUGAAUAAUAAAAUUAUUGCAUAUGUAUAAUAGUUAAAUAUUCUGUUCAUAAAAAAAUAAGUGGUUACUGGGUGGUUUCUCUUACAAUCGGAAAGUGUACUAAAUUAUUAUAAAAUGCAGCCCAACGACUACCAGCAAAUAGGUCAAAUAUCUCAUGGCGUCAGUAUAGAGAUGGAGCUGUUGCAAGCGGGUUCGGAGCCGAUGGGUAUGCGUUGCAUGUUCUGCCAUGAAGACAUCAUGACGAGGGCCAGCUACAGGAACACAAGCACGACACAUAUCGUUGCCGCAGUACUAGCCAUAUUCUUCUGGUGGAUGUGUUGUUGUAUAAUACCAUAUGUCGUGAAAAGAUGGAAAAACGUUGAACAUUACUGCCCGAAUUGUCAUAGGUAUUUGGGCGUUCAUGCAAAAAAUUCUAUAUUAUAAAGGCUUGACACGAUAGAAUGUAACGGAAAGAGGAUUAUAAAUUGAAAUCCAGCUUUCACCGAAUAAUGUUUUUUUUAUGUAGGUAACUGGAAUGGUAAACAAGUUAAUGGUCUAUCUAAUGUGGAUGGAUCAUCAUCAGACAUGUGUUACUAUUGCGAAGAACUAAGAAGUCAUGCCUGUUAUCAUGUAAUUUCGUUUAAAGGAAUAGAGAAUUUUAAUAAAGGUUUGGGAAUUAUUAAUUGAAACUGGUUUGAACAUUAUUUUUAAAUAUUUAAUGUCAAUUAUGACUCCAGAUGCAAGAAUGGUUUUUUAGUUAGAAAUAUUUUAUUUCUAACUAAACAAAAUAGAGUCUAAUAUAUUUACAAUAAAUAUCCCUAAUUGUUUUAAAAAAUAUCUAGCUAUAAUUACUAGGUUUCUUUGUCUUUCCUGUUUCCGUUACUUAUAGGCGUAGGUAUACGAAUAGUAAGGCAUAGUUAAGUUAUUGCAUAAUAAUCAAAUUAUUUAAAUGUAGACUAAUUCAUACUGAUUCAUACUAAUUCAUACUAAUGUUAUAAAUACGGAGAUGUUACCUUUUUACGACUAAACGACUUAACGGAUCUUAAUAUAACUCAU